GUAUCCAAAGCCCUGCAGCAUCCAAAAGUACCGCUGCAGGCGUCAUCACGUCCCGGCACCUGCUCGUUCGCGGACAGGGCCGUGGUGGAGUUCGCUCGACGCUCUCCAUUUCGAGCCGCUGCCUCCAGCGCUUAUGGCCUUGCCAGGCAUCAAUCACGCGAGCACUCCCCUGGCCCUGCUCGCCUCCUUGGCACUCCCAACUCAGUCAGGCUCCACCGCUGGCUUUCCCUGCUGAGAAGCAGUAAGCGAUCCCCACGCAACAACCCUGGCGUGCAGAAACUUGACUCCUUUUGGAUGCAGGAGGACCUUCGUGUAGAUGGACGUGGCUGCGAAGACUACAGAUGUGUGGAAGUAGAAACAGAUGUUGUAUCAAACACAAGUGGAUCUGCAAGAGUAAAGCUGGGACACACUGAUAUCUUGGUAGGGGUAAAAGCUGAAAUGGGGACACCGAAGUUAGAGAAGCCAGAUGAAGGUUACCUGGAAUUCUUUGUUGACUGUUCUGCAAAUGCUACUCCUGAAUUUGAAGGCCGGGGAGGAGAAGAACUUGGCACAGAGAUAGCAAAUACACUCUACAGAGUAUUUAGCAGUGAAAGCAGUGUAGACUUGAAAUCGCUUUGUAUUAAUCCCAGAGAGCACUGCUGGGUUCUCUAUGUUGAUGUAUUGUUAUUGGAAUGUGGUGGGAACCUCUUUGAUGCCAUCUCUAUCGCAGUGAAGGCAGCUCUCUUUAACACAAGAAUACCUAAAGUGCGUGUUCUGGAAGAUGAAGAAGGUUCUAAAGAGAUUGAGCUGUCUGAUGACCCUUAUGAUUGUAUUCGACUUAAUGUGGAUGAUGUGCCCUGUAUCGUCACACUAAGCAAAAUUGGAUAUAGGCAUGUGGUGGAUGCUACCCUUCAGGAAGAAGCCUGUUCUUUGGCCAGCCUGCUUAUUUCUGUGACCAGUAAAGGCGCCCUCACUUCUAUGAAGAAGGUCGGGAAAGGUAGCCUGGAUCCUGAGAGUAUUUUUGAAAUGAUGGAGACUGGAAAAAGAGUAGGCAAGUCAUUGCACAUAGCCCUUCAGAAGACUUUGGAUGAAGAGGAGAGUUUGGGAACCUCACGGCAGAAAGUUGGAUUUCUAGGAUGAGUUUUUAUUAAAUGCUCAAAACUGGUUUUA